AUGGCUUCGGUGUCCACCCAUGAAAACCAAGAGAAAAGUCACCAUUUCCCACCACCAAGCAAGCAGAGCCUGUUAUUUUGUCCAAAAUCGAAAGUCCACAUCCACAGAGGAGAGAUUGUAAAGAUUAUCCGAGAAUGUCAAGAAGAAAGUUUCUGGAAGAGAGCUCUGCCUUUUUCUCUUGUAAGCAUGCUUGUCACGCAAGGACUGGUGCAUAAAGGUUAUUUAGCAUCUAAUCCAAGAUUUGGAUCAUUGCCUAAAGUUGCACUUGCUGGUAUCUUGGGAUUUGGACUUGGAAAAGCAUCCUACAUACGAACAUGCCAGGCUAAAUUCCAUUCCUUUGAAGACCAACUCCGGGGGUCCGGUUUUGGCCCAGGGCAUAACAGGCACUGUCUGCUCACCUGUGAGGAGUGUAAAAUCAAGCAUGGAUUAAGUGAGCAGGGAAGUUCUCAGCCUUCUGCUUCCUAA